GACUCGCGGGCUGCGAGGCCUGGGUCGGGUCGGGCCGUGCGGGGCCGCUCGGAGUGGAGGCCGCCUAAGGGCGGGCCGGCUGGAGACACAGGUGCAUCUGAAGAUUUCUUGGCAGUUGCACGUAGAAACCGUUGCUCACCUUGCCCUCAUUUUUACCUGGGCUGACAAGGGAGAGUGCCCAAAUGAGCAAGAUACUGCAGCCGCACAGCACUCCCGGCGUGAAUGGAAUAAGUGUCAUUCAUACUCAGGCGCCGCACGCCAGUGGCUUGCAGCAGGUCCCGCAGCUGGUGUCUGCCGGUCCUGGAGGAGGGGGCAAAGCUGUGCCCCCAAGCAAGCAAAGCAAAAAGAGCUCGCCCAUGGAUCGAAACAGUGACGAGUACCGCCAGCGCAGAGAGAGGAAUAACAUGGCUGUGAAAAAGAGCCGGUUGAAAAGCAAGCAGAAAGCACAGGAUACACUGCACAGAGUAAAUCAACUCAAAGAAGAGAAUGAACGAUUGGAAGCAAAAAUUAAAUUGCUGACCAAGGAAUUAAGCGUACUGAAAGACUUGUUUCUUGAGCAUGCACACAACCUCGCAGACAACGUGCAGCCUGUUAGCACUGAAAAUACCACCAGUCCCAGCGACGCUGGACCCUAA